GUGGAGGGGGAGGGGGGAGGGCGGGCGGCAGCCCAGAGCCGAGGCCACCGGGCACUGCCACGGACUCACUCUGUCCACCUGGCGGGAGCACCCUGUGAGCGAAGGAACUGGUCCUGGGCAACAUGGUUUUCGAGGGGGCCUCCAGCCUCGCUGUGUCCCUGUUGCUGCUCAUGCGGGCCCUGCCCUCAGCGUCCUACUCCGUGUCCCUGCAGGGCACCUUCCUGGAGGACACAGGGGGCAGUGGGGAGGCCGAGGGCUCGUCGGCCUCCUCCCCAAGCCUCCCGCCACCCCGGACCCCAGCCCUCAGCCCCACAUCCCUGGGGCCCCAGCACCCCCUGGCAGGCCCCAAGCCCCCCACCAACUUCCUGGAUGGCAUCGUGGAUUUCUUCCGCCAGUAUGUGAUGCUCAUCGCCGUGGUGGGCUCCCUGGUGUUCCUGCUGAUGUUUAUUGUCUGUGCCGCUGUCAUCACUCGCCAGAAGCACAAGGCCUCUGCCUACUACCCCUCGUCCUUCCCUAAGAAGAAGUAUGUGGACCAGAGUGACCGGGCCGGGGGCCCCCGAGCCUUCAGCGAGGUCCCCGACAGGGCCCCCGACGGCAGGCCCGAGGAGGCCCGGGAUUCCUCCCAGCAGCUCCAGGCUGACAUCCUUGCCGCCACACAGAACCUCAAGUCUCCCGCUAGGGCCACCUUGGGCGGUGGAGACGGAGCCCGGAUGAUGGAGGGCAAGUCAGAGGAAGAGGAGAAAGGCGCCCGGGAGGUGGACCAGGACGCCCAGGGACAGGAGGUCCUGGCAGAGGAACCAGACGUGCCAUCUGAGGAGCCCUGCCCAGCGGAGGUGGCUGGUGAAGGUCAAGGGGAGCCAGAAGCGGCUCCCUUGUUAGCCCAGGAAACUGGGGCCCAAGCCAGUUCCCCCGAAAGCCCCUGUGCUUGCAGCAGUGUCUCCCCCAGCAUCUAACAGGCCUCUAGGGCUGCCGGCCCUGACUGUCGGACCCCUGGUGGUCACCUCCUGGGGCACAGAAAGGCCCUUUGGCCCUACUGCUCUCUGGCACCCUGUCCUUGGCCACUCCCCGCUGCAGAUCCCAGCCCAUCUCAUCCUCCUCCAGCGGGCAGAGAUGCUGGCCUCUCUUCCACCUCAGGAAUCUCACUGACUUCCAGAACAUGUAUCCUUACAGCCCCAAGGGCUCCAUCCCUUGGGGACAUGGAGCGGGGGAUUGUGUCCUUGUCACAGCCAUAUCCAUCGGGAAAUGUGUGUCUCAUCCGAUCCCUUGUGACAUCGCUGCUUUCCAUCAAGGUAGGAAAGAAAAACAGAAGAAGAGUUUUGGAAGAGGUUGAACAGGAGAUGCAGAGGGGCCUGGGGUUGGAGUAGUGAGAGCUAAUGCCGAGGAUCCAUCUGGAAGCUUCGGUGAGGGACCCCCGCACACGUCACAACAGGCCCCUAAAUGAGCAUUUCCCAAACCGAGUUCCCUGGAAGAAAGAUUCUGAGGUCCAUUGAGUUGAGGAAACACUGCCUCUCUGCUCCACGCCACCCUGGCUUCCCCCCCGGAGUGGCCCAAGGCUCUGACAAGUCCUGCAGUAAAGACGCCCAUGGAAUCUGAUUUUGCUUAGCCUUGCCAAACUGCUUUUGACUGAGGCGUAUUUUGUUUUUGUUUUUGUUUUAGAGCUACAGAGUAAAAUUCUGCAGGGCACACUCUGGAAGUUACAGCUCUAAAUGUUCCUGAAAGUGCCCUCUCCCCAGUUUCUGGGGGUGGGGUGGGGCUGGAGCUCAGCCCUCUCAGGGGUGCCUCUCAUCCGCUACUGCUACCCAGUGAGGCAGAUGAAUGGACUCUCUCUUACCUAAAGCAGCUUAGAAGCUGGGGGCUGUGUGUGUGAGGAGCCCCCACUCUGGGGGGAGUCUGAGGGGAUGGAGGAGGGUUUCCGACACCCAGCCUGGAGCAGGGGGGGGCCCUGGUACCCCACCCUCCACACACUCUCAUCUGGCAGCCUGUGCCUACAGCAUUCUUUACUCCUCGACAAGGGAGCCUGAGCUCCGUCCUGAUCUGGGGAGGCUCUGGGUGGGGGGUCCUCUUCCCCAUCCCUCCAUCUGGGUCCCCCUAACCUCUGCACAACUCUCCAGGUGCUGAGAUAUAACAAACCAGCACAAUAAACCUUUAUUCUGGCCUGA